AUGGGUAUCCAAGAACUUGACCCGUUAGCCCAACUAAGCUUACCACCGGGUUUCCGGUUUUACCCGACGGACGAAGAGCUCAUGGUUGAAUAUCUCUGUAGAAAAGCCGCCGGUCACGAUUUCUCUCUCCAGCUCAUCGCCGAAAUCGAUCUUUACAAAUUCGACCCAUGGGUUUUACCAAGUAAGGCGUUAUUCGGGGAGAAGGAGUGGUAUUUCUUUAGCCCGAGGGAUAGGAAAUAUCCGAACGGGUCGAGACCCAAUCGGGUUGCUGGGUCGGGUUAUUGGAAAGCAACCGGUACGGAUAAGAUUAUCACAACGGAAGGAAAAAGAGUUGGUAUCAAGAAAGCUUUAGUGUUUUACGUUGGAAAAGCACCAAAAGGUACAAAAACUAAUUGGAUUAUGCAUGAGUAUCGUCUCUUCGAACCCUCUCGUAGAAACGGAAGCACCAAGAAUAUACAAGAAGCAAACAAGCGCACAAAAACAGAUUUAUAG